AUGAAUGAGAACCCAAUAAUGAGGAGAUGUAAAGAUGAUUGGGUCAAUGCUACUCAAAUAUUAAAAUGUUGUAAUUUUCCAAAAGCUAAAAGGACAAAAAUUUUAGAAAAAGGUGUUCAACAAAGUCAACAUGAAAAAGUACAAGGUGGAUUCGGUAGAUUUCAAGGAACUUGGAUACCUUUGGAAGAUGCAAGAAAAUUAGCAGCAAACUAUGGUGUUACCAAAGAAGUUGCUCCGGUUUUAUAUUUAGAUUUAAAUGACCCAAAUUUAGUAAUACCUGAAAAACCAAAACCUCCACCAAAACCGAAAGAAGUUAAUGGUGAAAAAAGAAAAUAUACUAAAAAACCAAAACAACCUGGCGAUACUCCUAGAAAAUAUAAAACUGGUAAGAAAGCAGAAUUACAAAGACAAGAAGAAGAAGCAGCUGCUGCUGCUGCAGUAGCACAAGAAUCAUUUACAUCACAGGAUACUACUUUUAAUUCUUUAUCAAGACAAAUUUCAACUUAUACAAAUAAUUCUCAAUAUCCAUCAAUGUAUAAUAUGAGUCAAACAUCAACUAUUCAACAUUCACAUUCUCAACCACAACCAGUUGCUUAUAGUCAACCAGAAUUUACACCAAUUGCUAGCUCAAUGCCAUCUUACCCACCAAACAACAAUUUCCCUUAUCAACAACCACCACAACCACCGCAACCACCACCACCACCACCACCACCUCAAUAUCCUCAAAAAUUCUUCCAAAAUAAUGUACAACAUGUAUUUAAUAAAGUACCGUCUUCACAAUCUUCAAAUGAUACUAAUUGGUCUACUCAAAAAGAUAGUGAUACUUCAAUGUCAUCCAAUCAAGAAGAUCCAAAAAGACUACAACAAAAUUCUGGUUCAAGUCCAUCUGAUGAUAAUAGUUAUGCUGGUCAGUUAUUAAAAUUUUUCAGUGCUGAUAAUGCAGAAGUACCUUAUUUUAUUCAUUAUCCACCAGCAGAUUUUAAAAUUAAUGAACCAAUUGAUGAUGAAGGUCAUUCCCCUUUGCAUUGGGCUGCAUCGAUUGGAAAUUAUAAUAUGAUACAUUUACUAAUAUCAAAAGGUGCUCAUCAAUUAGUUGUAAAUAAUAAUGGGUUAAACCCGUUAUCUAAAUUAUUAUCAUUUACAAAUUGUUUUGAAUUGAAAAAUUUCCCCAAAGUUUUAAAUGAAUUAGAAAAUUGUUUGAUUAAUACUGAUAUUAAUGGUAGAACUCCAUUACAUUAUUUAUGUUCAUAUGCAAAAUCUGCAAAAAGAUAUGAAUCAAUAAAAUAUUAUUUACAAAUUAUUUUAGCUAAAUUAACAGUAUUAUCUCAUCAAAAUCAAUCUAGACAAAUUGAUUUAAUGAAAAAUGUUUUAAAUCAUCAAGAUAUUCAUGGAGAUACUUGUUUACAUCUAGCUAUUAAAUCAGGAUUAGUUAAAAUUGUAAAAACAUUAUUAGAAUAUGGUGCAAGAGAUGAUUUAGAAAAUAUAAAUAGAGAAACAUCAAAAGGAUUAAUCCAACAAUAUCAAUUAAUUCCAAAUUAUCUUAAUAAUCAAUUUCAUGAUCAAUUACAAAUGGGUUUAAAUUAUACUGGUUAUAAUGUAAAUACCAAUAAUGUUCCUGGUUUAGCAACUCCUAUUCAACCAAAUUAUAAUAAAGUAGAAACUCCAGAUACUCAAAGAACAACAAUUCAAGAUGAUGAUUUAGAUGAUGAAGAAAUAAAUAGUGCAAGGGUUGAUAAUAAACAUAUUGAUAUGUUACAAGAUAAUAAAGAAAAUAUAUUUAUUGAGAAAUAUAAUGUGUCAACACCAGUUCCAAAAACCAUGCCUACUUAUAAUCAUCAACCAUUAUCUGUUAUAUCAGAGAUAGAGCCGGACAAACCUAAAGAAACUACUUUUAAAUUCAUCCCACCUAAAAUCAAUAAUGAAGGUAAAUUAGAACAAAUACAAUCAAAACAAUUAUCAUCAAAAGAUUUAUCAUCGAUGAUUUCAAGUAUGAUUAAUUCAUUAUCUGAUUGUUUUGAAAAUGAAACAAAGAAAUUAGAUCAUGAAAUAAAGAAAAUUGAGAAACUAAUUAAACAAAAAAAGCAUGAAUCGAAACAUAAUUUAAGUAAAUUUGAAAAAUUACUUCAUAAUUCGGGAAUUGAAGAAAAAAUAACUUCAUUUGAAGAAGGUGAAGCAUUAAUUCAAAACAAUAUUUUAAAACUUGAAAAUACAAUUAAUGAAAAAGACCAUAAAUUACUUAAAAUUUUACAAUUUAAUCAAGCAUUUCAAUUGGGUAAUUUAAUUCAAGAUUUAGAAAUGAAAUAUCUUGAAAAUAAUAAAGAAAUAAGUGAUGAUGAAUUAAGUAAUGAAGAUAAAUUUGAUUAUUCAAUUGAAUUAACUAAUUUACAAAUUAAAAGAAAAUAUUUAAUUGAACAAAUUACUCAAAGAACUAAAGAUUUUGGAAUAGAUGAUAAAAUGUAUAAAUAUAGGAAAUUAUUAAGUUUAAGUUGUGGUAUUAAAGUUGAAGAUAUCGAUAGUUUAAUCGAUAGUAUAGCUGAAGAACUUGCAAGCUAA